CAGAACUCGUCUUCCGCAAUGUCCUCAUACCUCGUCACCGGUGCUGGUCGGGGCAUCGGACUCGAACUCGUCAAGCAGAUGGCGAAACAACCACCGAGCAAGGUCUCCGUCGUCUUUGCAGCUACCAGAGGAGAAGAAGCGCCCAACGCUUUGAAAAAGGUCAUCGACAGCUCACCACCCGGCCGAGUAGUGCACGUUUCGAUGGUCAUCACUGAGCGUUCGAGUCUCGACAAGGCCGCUUCAGAAGUCGAAGCCAAACUCGGCGGCGGUCGCGGUCUUGACGUCCUCAUCAACAACGCCGGAGUCAUGCCGAGUGACGUCGAAGGGAUCGCGAAGAUGAAGACUCUGCGGUACGCCCUCGAGGUCAACGUGGAAGCUCCACAAGAGACGACGGCGGCGUUCAUCCACCUACUGAAUAAAGGCAAAGAGAAAAAGGUGAUCAAUAUAAGCUCAGAGGUCGGUUCGAUCUCUCGGACGCACAAGUACAUCUUUUCUCCGACUCCAUCGUACAAAAUCUCCAAGGCGGCUCUGAACAUGUUGACCGUGCAGUAUGCACAGGCAUAUGCCGAGGAAGGAUUCAACAUUUUCGCCAUUUCACCCGGGUGGCUGAAGACCGAAAUGGGAUCUGAGAUUGCCGACCUGGACGUCAAGGUCGGUGCUGAGGCAACACUUGAUAUCAUCUUCAAGAGUACCCCUGAAACGACCAAUGGUACAUUCCAAAACAUUCGUGUACCGGGUUGGGAGAAUGCCGAAGGUCCAAAUAAAUAUGACGGAGAGAUUCUACCGUGGUAG